AUGCCUACAUCUCUAACUCGUGGUGUAGAGAAAAUUCUACAGAGUGGUGUAGAGUAUGCUAAGCUACUUACUGUGCAAGAUAUAGAUGCUAAUCAAGUACAAGUUACAAGUGGAUCAUCUCUCCACGUUGUAAAUUUGAAAUAUAGAAGGUGUACAUGUCGCAGGUUUGACUUGGAGAAGUUGCCUUGUGCACAUGCGACUGCGGCUUGUGAAAAAAGGAAAAUAUCUCGAAUAAGAAUGUGUCAUCCUUAUUUCCGUAGAAGCUACUUGUGUGAUUCCUAUGCAACUGCCAUCAUGCCAAGAGAUUUUGGUACACCAGUUCCUGAACAAGUUGCAAGCAAGGUUGCUUUACCACCGAUACCUAAAAACAAACCUCGAAGGCCAAAUAAUUCAAGAAUGAAGUCUACUUUGGAGAUUGCAAUGAAAAGGAAAAAGCCAAGAAAACAAUACACUUGUGGUAAUUGCAAUCAAGUAGGACAUAAUCGAAAGACAUGUAAUAACUAG